AUGGCGCGUACGAGGAGUCAAAGUCGUGAGCCUAAUGUUGAGCCGCAGCCAACAACCCGCCAGGUCAGAAGGGUCGAUGGCGCGCUUGAGCCUCUAGUUGAGUAUCAGAGUGAAAACGAAGAUGAUGACAAUGCCAGUGAAGGCCGCCAAUCGGCAGACAUCGAUGAGGAGGAGGAAGAAAUCUCAGAUUUUCACUCUGCCCCCAUCGAUGAUACCUUCUCUCAAACCGAACUCCAACAGCUCGAUCCCGACGAGAUGGAGAGCAACCUAGAAGAGCUCAAUGCACAAGCUAGAAAACUCCUAGGUUGCUUCAAAACACGCACCGGCCAGCCAGAUGAGCUCGAGUCUCUCAUUCGCCAAUCGCAAGAUCCCGAAUCGAGACAGCGACAGAAAGCUGAUGGUUGCCGGGCGUCACUGGCACAGACACAGACCACAUUUACUCUUGCGGGAGAAUACCUCAAGCUUGACACCAUCCUCCGAGCCUUGUUGAGGAAAAGAAGCACACAACCAUUGCCCAAGGCUUCCCGAGCUUGGAGACCAGAUGAUGUUAUUCACAAGGCCAACUUGGCUGUCUUUGUGCACAUCGCCAUUACUCAAGCCGAUGAUGGAGAUUUGGCAGAUGCCUUGGUAACUGCAGACCAAGACUUUGCUUCGCCUUUUGUACGCGGGUUCACAAGACCUGGAGCUAAGCCGCAGACUGGCUACAGCACUCUUGUCUCAGAGACAUUUGAAUUUGCUCUGGAACUCAGGACUCAACUUCUUGUCAUUAUGCUUAAUAACGCGAACCCAACCCAAGAUACCGCUGCAGGAAUGAUUCAGAGUACGAUGCUUAAUUUCGAUGCAGACGCUGAUGAUUACGAAGAGGAAAUGGGAGCCAUGCUGAGUCUCCAGACCGCUUUGUCUCACAGUCGUCAUGCCAAAGGAUGGGAACAUCUUGAUCCCCAUGCCUUGGAGACCGACAAAUAUGCCGAAAAAAUUAUUCAACGUACUGAAGAGAUCAGAAGGCUGCUGUUCAGUGGUAUCGACAACCCCUUUGUUGAUACAUUGGCAAGCUUAGAUUCCGGCUUGAUCAGACUGCAGGAGCGAUUCCCUCGUGAGCAGUUUCAGAAGCACCUGUUAAAAUGGUCCAACUUGCGGCUUUCGGAGAUUGACGACAGCAUUAGGAAGCUGGGUGGAAUCGAUGAAAUAGUCGGUGCCUUGGAGGACGAAAUCAGGCAACGUCUCGACAACCCAGAUGCAUACGUUGAUGAGGACCAAGAGGACCGAGAACCACUGUCGAGCAUCGAAAGCAGUACUGCAGCCAUGAGCAAUAACACUCCGCCUGUGCCAACAUCGAGCACAAAGAUACCAGCCAGACCUUCCGUCUUGUUCAGAGGUCGUCCAGGCACAUCUACCAGUGCUCCAACAUCCGCUACUGCACGCAAGGAACCAGGAAUAGCACGAAAUGAUGCUCAAGUCACCGAAGCUGUAGCAUCGUCCGCUGCCUUAACACAAGAUCGUCCAAGACUGACUGGAAAGCUGGCGAUAGCAAACGCACGCGAUGAACAAGAACGUCAAAAGCGACGAUUCAUCGACCCUCAACCUAAUGGCGUGAGAAUUUCUGACGACAUGCUCGAGUCUCAGUCUGCUUCUCAGCGGCGACUACCGGACACGCAGGAGAUGGAGAUAGAUCCCGUUUUGAGUGGCGAAGUGGAAGACCCGAGUGAAGACGAGGGUUAUCAGCAGGACCAGCGCAAUCUUCCUGGCCGCAGACUUCCGCCAAGAUCUUCGACUGUACCCUACCGAGCUCCAGCCCAAGCAGAAAGCACCCAGCCGGAGCGUCGUCACAUCGCCUCUGAGCUUGACACUCCAAACAAGCGACAGCGCCAGAACCCUGGUCAGCUUGUUGUGCCUUAUCAAGCAACUGCUGAUGAUGAUGUCAACUCUUACAAGAUUGCAUCUACCAUCACCAGGCUAAACCAAGCAAGUACUUACAAACCACAAAGGGGACGCAAGCCGUGGACCGACGAACAGGUGGGAGCUCUGGUCAGAUUAAUCAGAGACCACGGCAUAUCGUUUGCCCACCUCAAGAGGAUUGACGACGCAAGGGACAAUCCGGCACUCGAGGAUCGAACUCCCGAGGACUUUCGCUUCAAAGCUAGGGAGAUGAAGGUCAAGUACCUUAUGUCCCAUAAACCCCUUCCUGAGAAUAUGGAGUUGAUUCGACUGGGUAAGAAGGAGAUUGAGAAGGUCAAUACGGUGGUAUUUUAUGAGCAGGAGCCUCAACGUGAGCGCGCCCGCAUUGUUUCAGUUUCUCCAAGAGCAUCGCCCGAGUGA